AGUGAGGGGCACUGGGGGGCUGUGGUUCAGGAGUGAUGGGCCCCAGGCUGAGGGCUGUGCUGACCCCCAUGUCCCCCAGGCUGCUGCACCUCCUGGCUGCCCAGGGGCUCCGGGCCUGGGCCUGGGCCGUCGCCGAGGUCGUGAAGGGUGUUGGGGGCCUGGAGAUCAGAGAGCACCAGGGCAAGACUCCACUGCUGGUGGCGGCAGCGGCAGCACAGGCCGGGAUCGUGGGUGACCUCCUGGUGCUGGGGGCCGAGGCUGAUGCCGCCGACCAACGCGGCCGCACCGUGCUCCAGGCUGUGAUGACCUCGGGCAUCCAGGUCAAUGUGGAGACCAGGAACUUCGAAGGUUAG